AUGUCCUACGACCUUCGGAGGAUCAGCAAUCACUCUGUAAGCGGUGGGCGCAAUGCCACCAUUCUCAUGGACCCAGAGUAUGUGCUUGGCAAGAGCAAGUCUACAGCGAAACCCAAUGUUGGCAUCUUCGCAGCUAAUGGCUACAAAUGCUACCCCCCGACAUAUCGGAACGGUCCACGACCUGCUGAUGUGAAGCGUCUUUCUGCACCAGUCAACAGGCUGCCGAAGGUACAGUCCAUGCCGAACUUGCGGAAGGGUAGAUCUGCCUCAGCCCCGCAGAUCGGUGAACUCCGUUGGUUGCAAGGCCUACAGGCUGCCAAGUGA